AUGUCCAAACGGCAGCAAAUCCAGAGAUUAUCGAACCGGGCGUUUGGCGUGCCCAUGCCAAACCGCAAUCUUCCGGCUACCAAACACCACCACAUCACACUGAAAUACAGCAUGAUGCAGGUGCUGACCAUACUUGCUGUUGCCGCCCUCGCUAGCAUCAGAGCUGCGUCGAUCGAUCAUGACAAGGUUCAGCCAUUCGCACAGCCCCAACCGAUCACCGACGUCGAGAAGGCUGCCGUCAAGUUCAAGCCUUCACUUGCAGUGAUGUCUGGAUGUCACCCGUACCCUGCCGUGAAUGCUGCUGGCGAAACUAGUGCCGGCUUGAAAGGAACAGGGGAGCCUGACGGUGGCUGUGAAGGUUCCGAGUUGGGGUCGCAGGUGUAUAGCCGAUCAACGUGGUACGAGGGCAGGUGGGCCAUCAUGUACGCAUGGUAUUUCCCUAAAGACAUACAGAAUGGUGGCCUCGCCAAGAAGGGUAUUCGGCACGAUUGGGUGAAUGUAGUUGUGUGGCUUAACAAUCCAGCUGUAGCUGCACCGACGAUACUAGCAACCUCGGCGUCGACGUAUGGCACUCGGUACGUGAUCAGUAAGCCACCCAAGAGCUCAGACAUCAUCGAUGGCAUCACGGCUAAGCUGCGGUACGAUGAGGAAGGUGGGGAAGAAUGGCACACCAUAUUUCAAUUCUAUGGGGAAGGAGAGUUCCAGGAUCUGAUCCAGUGGGACCAACUGACCGACGCGGCUCGCGAGGCCUUGCAAAACACUGACUUUGGCGAUUAUGUAAACGUGCCUUUCAAUGACGCGUACUUUGAAACCAACCUCAAGGCUGCAUCGACGAGUCACGUGUACAGAAGCCGUCGAUAUGGCUUUACAUCAAGCCACUCGAUUUGGGAAUAUUGA